CUUGACUUGGACUUUCUUGUUCUUUCUCUUGUCACACUUACGAAAACAAGAGAUCUAGAACGGAAUUCGCCAUACACCCUCUCCCUCCCCCUUCAUGAGCUCACCUGCACCACAACAAAACGCAACACCAGGGCCGUCAUCGAAUCAAGGUGGUGGUGCUGGUGGUGCCGACAACAAGCAAUCGAACAACGGUGUCGGCAGCAGUAGUAGUGGUGGUGGCGAUCAGUCAUCACAACAACAGCCACCACCAACACCAACACAGACACAACAACAACAACAACAACAGAGACCUUCAGCUGCCAAUUUACCAUCACAAGAUGAUCUCGAUAAAAUUGUAGCCUCGUAUUUGCAGAAAAAGGGCUACAAGGCAACAGGCACGAUUUUUGCGCGUGAAGCCAGUGGGAAUACUUUGUCUCUUGAAGAAUUAUCGCAAGUGUUGGCGUCAUCGGGUGGUGCUGCUGCUGCUGCUGCUGCUGCUACUUCUGCUAGUGGCAGUGGUAAUAAUGGUGGUGCUAGUCAUGUAUUCAAAUAUAAGGAUGCAGAAGAAGGCGAUCCAGAUGCAUAUAACGUCAGUUAUCGAAAUUUACGCGAAUGGAUUGAAAAAUCGUUGGAUUGGUACAAGGUAAGCAGUCUGUUCUAUAUACUUGUAUUCUUGAAUUUUGCACACAAUACACACGCACAAUGGUUUUUAAUUUUUUUUCUAACGCGUUCAAUCUACAAACAAUUCCAUAAGCCUGAACUACGAUCUGUUCUAUUUCCCAUUUUCGUACACGCCUACCUCGAUCUUGUCAGCAAGAACUUGUCAGAACAAGCCAAAUAUUUCAUGGAAACGUACAAAAAGGACCAUGUCGAGCUCCACUCGCUCGAUAUUAGUCGGUUGGAAACAGUAACUACACCAGACCAUAUACGCGAAAACGAAUUGGCCCAAAUGUAUCGCAACAACAAGUAUAAUCUGCGCAUGUCCAGCGUGCCCUUUGAACUGUUUCUCAAUUAUCUUCAAGAUAACAAGUAUAUGCUCUUACUGCGGAUCGUAAAUCAAUAUCUCAAUAUCCAAGUGGUUCAUGGCAAGUUGAAAUCCGCGGGCGGAUUGGAGAUGGAUGAUAUGGCAGGCGUGAUCGGUAUCGCUGGCCAUGAAGCGCAACAAAUCGAGUCGUUCAAUCAGCAGAAAGUCCAGUUGGGUGGCACACAGAUGGAUCCAGCUCUCAGAGAAGAGGUGGAACGAACUUUGAAAGAACGUGAUGCUGCAAGAAAGGAGCAAGCUGCAAGUGAUCCUACUGCCGUUAUCGAACCCGGUGUCGCGUUAUUGGAUACAUUCAAAAAGGUCAAGCAAGAGGCUACAGCAGAUGGACCGGCGUUUGGUGAUAUACCAUUGCCACAAUAUCGAGGCACCGACAUCGAAGCAGAAUUGGAAUCAUUAAAGGAUCUGCGGAAGCGAGUAUCACUUGGUAGCGCUUCAUUACCAAGCGUAUGUUGCUACACUUUCCACAACACGCAUGAUGGAUUGAAUUGCUUAGCGAUGACGGAAGAUACUUCGCUUAUUGCUGGUGGUUUCUCUGAAUCAUUCAUCAAAAUCUGGAGUUUGAAGGGAGAAAAACUAAAGGGACUACGAAACACGGUUAAUCCAGCACACGUUAAUGACUAUAACGAUCUGAACCGUCAAAAAGAACGACACGGGUCCGAAUACAAACGAUUGGUUGGCCACGCCGGACCAGUUUAUGGUGUUAGCUUUAGUCAUGAUAACAAGUACUUGAUUUCAUGUUCAGAGGACAAGACAGCACGAUUAUGGAGCACACAAACCUUCUCAAACCUGGUUUGCUACAAGGGUCACAACUAUCCUAUUUGGGACGUUGAUUUUGGCCCGUACGGCUUCUAUUUCGCUACAGCUUCUCAUGAUCGAACAGCAAGAUUAUGGAGCUGUGAUCAUAUCCAUCCUUUGAGAAUCUUUUCGGGCCAUUUAUCCGAUGUAGAUACUGUCAAAUUCCAUCCCAACUCAAAAUACCUGGUAACAGGAUCAAGUGAUCGUACUUGCCGUCUUUGGGACGUACAGAGAGGAACGUGUGUACGUGUCUUUACAGGUCAUACCGGAUCAAUCAAGACCGUUGCGGUAUCGCCGAAUGGUCGCUUGAUGGCAUCUGCUGGCGAGGACAAGUCCAUCAUGCUGUGGGAUCUAGGCUCUGGUCGACGACUCAAGCGAAUGACCGGCCAUACUGGAUUCAUCUAUUCACUUGCUUUCAGUGCAGAUAGUCAUGUGCUUGUAUCGGGCGGUGCUGAUUCAACAGUACGCGUGUGGGAUGUGAACAAAGAUACCCUAUCGAGCUCGACUACUGCUGCUUUUGGUAGCUCUGAAGACGGAGUGGAUGCAAAGCGGAUACGACUCGAUGAAAGUAGCCCUAACUCGAAGAAGGACAAGAAGGACUUGGCGAAGGAAAAAGUAAAGGAGGAAGCGAAGCGAAAGAAGGGCGCAAUUGAAAGUCAUGAUCAAUUGGGCGUGUUCCCCACCAAGCAUACGCCUAUAUAUGACGUUCAGUUCACCAAACGAAACCUAUGCUUAGCCGCAGGCGCCUUCUCACCACCCGAAGCCUCAUCCUAAAACCCGUUCUCUUCUACCCUUACCACUUGCUUUCGCUUUCUCUCUAUUUCUUCAUCCAUCCGUCCAUCCACAUCCAUUUAUCCUAAUCACACAAACACACACUUACACUCCUCUUUUCGA